GCCAGCAUUUCGCGCGGCACCCGAAAAGCAAGCAGAGAAGAAGAAGGCGGUGGAAACGUGAAUUAGCUGUUAGCUUUGUGUUUGUCGCUGGAGGUUCUUCUGUUUCAUCGAAAACACGCACUUUGCUGCACGGCGGAUGCUGCUUUGAGCUGCAGGUCUUGAGGAGGUGUGGAAUCAUGAUGGCAGCGGCAGGGCCUCCAUGCAGUUCCAGUUUCCUUUUGUUGCUGGAGUCCCUUGAAGAUACUGCUGCUGCCCAGUCUGAGCAGACUGAUGCCUAUCUCACCAUUGCCAACCGGCUGAGUGGAGAGGAAGGUCGUCAGUUUCUACCUGCCAUCGAAAAACACUUUGCUCGUCUGGCAAAAACCAUUGUGAGUCACAUGUCCAGUUCCAGUGCAGAGCUGAGCCAAGCUGCUUUGCAGGCCUUGGGGUUUUGUGUGUACCACUCUCACGUGGUGUCUGGACUUCCUGAGAAUGUUGCAGCAGAAAUCCUGUCAGAGCUUUGCUCUUUGGUGGUGAAGUCCACAGAUAAGAACACCUGCACCAGAGCGCUGUGGGUCAUCUCUAAACAGAGCUUCUGUCCUGAAGUGGUUUCUCAGAAAGCAUCUUCUGUUUUGGGCGUCCUGGAAAAUGUGUGGAGUCGGGAGGACGUCCAGUCAGUAGUCAUGGAGCAUGAGGCCUUGAAUGUCGUCAUACGGAUGCUGGAACAGGUCCCCCAAGACAUGGCUACUGGGGCUGUGCGGUGGGCAAAACUGGUCAUCCCCUUGGUGGUGCACUCUGCUCCCAAAGUGCGUCUUCGGGCUGCUGCAGCUAUGGAGAUGGGAAUGCCUGUUCUGCUGGAGAAACAGAUGGAGGUGGCUACAGUCAUCGAGCCCAUGAUGUCCUCUAAACUGAUCCCAGAGCUGCAGAAACUCUUCAUGUCUAGGAAUGAAACCAAUGUCCUGAAGCUCUGGCCCUUAUUUGUUCGACUGCUAGGAAAGAUCCUCCACAGAGGAGGUCCCUUUAUCAACUCUCUGCUCCAUUUAGAGGAGCUGGGUUUCCGGACAUCUUCUCCUACCAUCAAGAAGAUUGCAUUCAUUGCCUGGAAGAGCCUCAUAGAUAACUUUGCUCUCAAUCCAGACAUCCUGUGCAGUGCCAAGCGUAUGAAGCUCCUGAUGCAGCCUCUAACAUCCAUUCAUGUACGCACCGAGGCCCUGAUGCUCACCAAGCUGGAGGUCUGGUGGUAUCUGGUGGUCCAGCUGGGACCCAACCUGGCAUCCAACUUUGAACAGGUUUCUGUUCCUCUGCUUCAGUGUGCCAUUGGAACAGACUUGUCAACCAUCCCAGGUGCCCCGAGAGCCUCCUCGCAAAAUGGUGCCAUCACGCCUGGAACACCAAAGACUGGUUCUGCAAACUUCCCCGGCACACCCACCACUCCUCGUAUGAACCUGAACGCCAGCAUCCAGACAAACUUCAGCUUUCCGUCUGUCCAGCUGCUGGGUCUGGAGAUGCUGCUGCACUACUUUCUGGGACCGGAAAUCGUUGCUGCAGCUGCAGAGAACAAACUGGUCCUGAGUCUGGAAUCAUUAAACCACCCUUUCCUCUCUGGAACCUCCACCUUCUCCAAACAUGCUGCUGUGCUCAUCUGCAGCAUCAGAGACUGUUUCACCGCCGUCGGGAAAGAGGCUCCAGAAUCCCUUUUGGAUCUGAUCUGGAGGAGUCUGAUCCGCUUCAUCAACUUGACAAUAGAGUCUGUGGGUAGUAAGAAGGAUCGUCACUGCUGUGAAGUGCUGAUCCUCAUGCUCCAGGCUCUACAGCGCAUCAUCUCCUCAGAUUCCCUGGCUCCUCACAAAGUCCUGGUGCUCUUUGAAGCUACAGUCACAGGCAUUCCCCAUAGAGUACUCGGCUCCACCUCCUACCAAGUGGGCAAGAUGGACGUGUUAAAUGGAACACCGGCUCUGUUCCUCAUCCUUCUGCUCUACAACAGCAGCAUGCUUUCUGCUUUCACCAAGGACAACAGGUUCUUUCAUUGUCUGCAAACACUGGUGGGCUGUGGCUUGUCCGGCCCCACAUCUCCGCUGGCGUUUGGGGAGGCCGUGCUGGGUGCCAUCAGACGCAGCGCAGACACAGUGCAGAACAAGGAGCAGCUGUGGAAGAUGUGGAGCGUGGUGGUCAACCCCCUCGUUGACACCAUCACACAGACUAAUGAAGUGAAUCAAGGCGACGCUCUGGAGCAUAACUUCAGUGCCAUGCACUCGGCCCUGAUGCUUCCUGUUACUCACCUCCUGUGUGACGCUCAGCUGCAGCAGGGACCCCAGAAGUCCAUGUUGUCCACAUGGGCCAAGCUGUACAGGGUGUUUGCUCGCUGCUCAGCUCUGGUGGUGACAGCAGAGGAGAAUGUCUGCUGCGAGGAGCUGUGUGCCAAGAUGGCUGCAGCUAUCAAUAAAGACCACCUCAAGAUGCCUUCGACACUUGGCGCUGUUGUCACAAUCCUCCAAGUCAUGGUGGAGUGCGUGGACUUCUCUCCAUACACAGCUCAGUUCAAGCAAAAGCUCAAGUCUCCUCACACACCUGUGAACUGGAUGCGUAAGAAGAACAAAAUCUUGGGGAACCUGUUCACAUUCCAUUCCCUACUGGUCCAGUGUCUGGAGGUUUAUCUGGCUGUGGAGGACCCUGAAUCUUCAUCUUCCACUACUGGAGUGACCCUGGCCUCCAUCAUAUCUGCCCUGUUCAUCAACCUAGCGCUUGCUGAAGCCAUUAAGGAAACUCUAAAUUGUCUAAUCCAGCCUCUGAGUGUAUUCUACAAACAAGCAGCUAGUGAGCUGCCCAAGUUUACUCCACAGCUUCAGACUAAGCUGGAGAAGCUUCUCUGUGACAUAUUUGGGUGCCUGCAGACAUGUUCAACGUUUGCUUACAGUGAUGACCUUCUGGAGUUGCUUUCCCCUCUGCUCUGUGUUUUGUUUCUUCACAAGAACAAACAUUUUCACACUUCAGUCACUCAGUUUUGGAACGCCACUUUUGCCAACUCCAUCAGCCUUAUUUAUCCAUAUGGGCUCAGACAAAUACUGAGCCAGGUGAAGCAGAAUACGCCAAUCAUUCUCCCAAGCUUCCAGGACCUGGGUGUCCCUGAUGAUCUCAGUGGACAGUAUUCAAGUGAGAGUUCUCAUUUGGAAACAAAGGUCAGUGGGAUGCUGGUUUCAUCUGUGGACCAUCAAGACUUGCUGCUGGAAAAAGCUACUGAGCUGAAGGACCACAGUGCCACAGUCAUGACCACACCUGUUUCUACCAGGCUGGACUUUGGAACUCCUAAACCCCCUCACAGCGAGGUUCUGGAGGAAGAGGCGUCAGUUGAUUUUGUCUUUAUUCCUCCUGAGACAAAGGAGAGAGUCCUGACAGAGCACCAGAAGGAGGUGAAAAGGACUAAAAGGGUUGAUAUUCCUGCCAUGUACAACAAUUUGGAUGCUUCUUUGGAUUCCACAGCCUUCACUCAGUACACACAGAGUCAGGAAGACGCGAUGCUUAACAAACUGCCAUCUGACCAAGCUGACGUGGUUACGAAUGAGCCCACUGACAAGGCUAUUCUGGAAGACUUGGAAAAUGAAAGAGUUCCAAAGGUUCUGAAAGUGGAGAGCCAAGACUAUAGCAGGGACAACACAACAGAGAAGAUAGUGAAAAAUUCUAUGGAAGAAGAAAUGAUGCAAAGCUCAACCGCUGCUGUUGUGGAAAGUGGCAUUGCAGCUGAAAGCAUUAACUUUGAAUCUAAUCAAAACACCACUCCCACCAUGUCUGACUCUUCAGAUUUGGUCUCAGGAACUCCCACAAAACCCAGUAGCCGCCGCCAGUCAUUUAUUACUCUGGAGGUAUAUGGUGAAGGCAAGACUCCAAGCACCAACAAUGAAUCUAUUUUCCAAGGUCCACACACAAAGCUCUCUGAUUUCUCAGAGCCCAUAUCCUCCACUCAGACUUCCCACUUAACCACAGACCAGUGUCCUCAGGUCUUACCAGCCACAGAAAUUAAAUUGCAGGAUCCUGAAGGCAAUGACUCAGAGUCUUCACAACAAACACGUGUGGGUGCUGCAAGAAUAAGUCCACCUGCAGUAGGGCUGAUUAUCAAGAUACCCACUGAUGUUACAGCUGACAAAGAAAUAAUCCCAGACACCCAGAGUGAUGUGGAGACCACAGAGGAUAACACAGCUGAUACAGACUUAAAAGAUAUGGAAACUUAUAACCAGACAGAAGCUUCAGAACAGACUCUGGAUAGUUCUCUAUGCUCUGUGACCCAGACUUCUCCAACUGAACCCAGGCGGUCUGGGCGCUGCAGAAUCAGACCUCUAUUGCCUGGAGAGGACCCUGAGGAACGGGAAAAAAAAUACAUAUUGUCAAAGAAGAAACCCAUUGGAGAGGAUCGUAAAGGUGGUUCACUGAGGUCAACCACAGCAGAUAGCCCUGUACAAAGCAGACCAAACACACGAAGCAAAUACACAGUUGAAGAAGACAGCAGCAGUGAGAGGGUGAGAACCAGGGCCCAGAGAGACAAGAGCGAGUCGAGUCUAUCCAGUUCCCAGGCACGGACAAAGAUCAGUAGUUCACAGGAGCUUCGUGGGAAACACGGACACACAAGAAGAAACACCAGAGAGGAAGACACCAGCCAGAUUGACUCUCAGACAGAGCCACAGUCUGAUCAUGAUGUCCAUUCCCAUGGACAACGUAAUCAACGAAGCAGACCAUUGCAGACAGAGGAGCGUAAAAUGGAGAAAGAAGUUGAGGUUGAAAAAGAGGAGUCCAUCCAGACCAGGUUACAUGAGACCAGAGUGCCUCAGUCUGGAGAAAGAAACAAUGUUGUUAGCAAUUUCCAGGAAUCAGAAAAGGAAGAAGAUGCAACUGAGCCGUGUGAGAAAGAUUCAGGGAUCACCACACCUGUUCCUCAAAACCCUAACCAAGACAAAACCAUUGAGUCUACUGAAAAGACUCCAAAUAGUCUAGACUGUGUAACAGGAAGUGCUUCUCCAAAUCUUACCCACUCAUCAGGUGGAAGAAAGGCAUCAAAGAGGUUGGUCCAUGAAUCAAAAGAGCUGGUCAAAGAUGAACACGAGAUGAGUGAAAGUACUAAAAACACACCUGAAGAUUUCAUUAAACUGAGCCCAUCUUCAGAGUUUGACAGCUCAUCUCAACGGAGAUCAAAACGAAAGUCACUGUCUGAGGGGACACUGUCAACGAUAGGUCAAGUGCAGAGUCGAGGCAGGACAAGGAGUGGCAAGGGACAAGAGUUGCAGUCAAAGCCAAAUCCUGGUAUAACCCCAGAAUCAACUAAGUCCUCCCAAGGCAAGAGUAGAUACUUGCGACGAAAGCUUUCUCAAGGCUUGGUAUCUGGGAUGGAAUCUUCAGAGUCUGAAUCUCCAGAGAACAGAGAAAAUUCCCCUCUUUCCAAUAAAAGAAAGCGACUUCAAGUGCAGCCUGUUACAAGUCCUCUCAGCUUAAGAACUAGAGGGAAAAAAAGUGACCACUUGGCCACGGACACAUGCGAGUCAUCUCAGGACGCAGACUCACCUGUCAAAACCUUAAAAACAAAUCACCUCACAGAAAAAAUCCAACAUUUACCCCAGAGUACAAGUGACAUCAAAGAGCAAAGUACUGCAAAUCCAGGUGAGGUCUCCCAAGAGAAACGUGAGGCAGACCAGACAAAGAGUGGCAGGCAGCAGAGAACGUCUCCUCGUAAGAAAAAGCAAAGAAAGUUGAACAGUACUUUCACCUCUUCUUCACCAGGAAGUGACAUGGAGGUCCUGCAGGAUCAUGAAAUGCUUAAAGAUCUUAGUAGUGAUAAAGAAAGUGAGAACAUGUUGCUUUGUGCAUCAACAGCAACAGAAAACUCCUCUGGGAACUGUUUGUCCUCACUACCCUGUGGAAGCCUGCCUCAUGAGAAGACAGACAGCCUGCAUUUGAAACCUUCAGAGUCUUCAGGGGAGAUAAUUUUUCAGGCAACAGAUUCAGACCUACAGGAACCUUCUGGUGGUCCAGAUGAGGACAGAGCUCAAGACAACCACAGUGCAUCUUCUGUUAAAACGCAGAUAGAAUGUCCAAAUGUUGUAGAUACAAGUCAGAGGAAAGAGGAAGAGUUUAGUUGUGUUGCAGCAGGUGCACCAGUGAGCCAGGGCCCAGCACCCAAUGAAAUGGACAGUGAAGGUCAGGGGAACGGUGAAGACGCUGUAUCGUUACAGAUGAGCAAAAAAGACAAACUAGUCUGUACAGUGGAAGCUCAUCAUGAAGAUGAAACUCAACUAGUCAAUAUGCACACACUCACAGCUGGUACAGAUGUGGACAUUUCUUUGACUAACUGUUACAGUGCUUCAGCAUCUUCAGAAUUUGUUGACAAAAAUAUUCCAGAUUCUCCAGUGAAACAGGACCUGGAAGAUGUGAAGACUUCAGAUGUUAGCCACAGCCCCAGUGGCAGGUCCAGAGGAACCUGGUCCCCCUCAGCAUCUCCUUCUACCAGUAUUCUGAAAAGGAGUGGGAAAAGACCACUUGAUGACGAUACUCCCUCUCCACUUGUUAAGUCCAGACGGGUCUCCUUUGCCAGUCCAAUUCAGCAGCAGGAACUGGCAGAUUACAUAAAUCUUCGCAGCCCUACUGUGGAAAUUAACUCCCCAAGAAGGUCUCAAACAAGCAGUUUACCGCAGCCAAAGUAUGUUAGCACUCCAACAAAGGGAUUGUUGAUCCUCAGACCCAGAAACCUCCGCAGUCCAGGAUGUAAGAGCUCCAAGAAAAGCUUGAUAUCAGAAAUGAGCCGAGAGCAGCAACCUGUUCCCAAAAACUGUAUCUAUCCUGCCCUGGUGGGCUGUUUUGCGCCUGUGGAAGCUGUACUGCCUCAGAUCACUUCCAACAUGUGGUCUCGAGGUUUUGGACAGCUUGUACGUGCCAGAAACAUCAAAACAGUGGGUGACCUCAGUUCUUUAACUCCAAGUGAAAUUAAGACUCUGCCUAUUCGAUCUCCAAAGCUUUCCAAUGUCAAGAAGGCCCUUAAAACCUAUGAACAGCAGCACCUUGGACAUUGUGGUGAUGACCUGAAGACUUUGGAUGAAACCGAGAAGAGUGCUAGUGACUCAGAAGACAGGAGUGCACCUCAAACCCAAGAUCGGGAGGACAAGUCCUCAGGCGAACCACUCGCCACAGAGCUGGUGGAUGAAUCUGCUGUCACAAACUGCUCCAGCACUGUAACUCCUGACCAGCCUGAUGAUUAUGCGCGGUCUGAGCUUCAGGCUCUCACCUGCAGCAUGACCUCACUAGAACUGAGUCGUUUUUCAUCACAACAGCUUGUUGAGCUACACGAUCAGUUAGGAGGUGUGAUGAGGCGUGUAGCGGUCGAGCUGCAGAGGCGCGUUGGUUCAGUGGACAGCACACCGUGACUGGGCCACCAGUGCUCACAACCUGACGGCACCACACACCAAAAGCUCAGAACUGAGUCCAGUUAGACAAAGUCACUGAUUCCAGAGCUUGACUUUGUGGAAUGACGGGUUUUUUAAAGUGAUCCUUUUAAUGCAACAUUCUUUUAUUUCUUGUCUCCCCCAUUUCUAUUUUGAGCUUAUUGAGAAAUUGUAAAUUUUUCUGAAAAAUACUGAAAAGCAGCCUUUUUUUAACGCCCUGGCUAAAAUGAACCUUUUUUCAAUAACUGUCUUAUUUCAAACCCUGUAUCUUUGCAUCAGUUGUAUAUUUUGUCAGUGUUGGGGUGGGAUGGUGAAUGUAACUAGACCCAUUUUUAAACCGAAACAGUUCAAUAAAGAAAAAAAAACAACCUUUUGAUGUACCUUGAAGUUUGAGGAUGUUCUAACUUUUCAUGUUUUAUGAUCAUAAAUCUUAAUAAAUUGUGGUUUUAUGCUACAAA